AUGACGUGGGUAACAGUGUGUUGACUGAGCAGUCAGUCCCAGAUUUCAGAUUUCACUUCACUUCACUUAGCUCUGCUAUAAAUAUACACAUAUACAUACACCCUUUAUUCGAUCGGCAAAAUUUCUCUUUCGGCAGCACACAAAAACUGUUGUAAAUUAACGUAUCUCCGUACCGUGUUCGAAACGUUGGGUUAUUGGUCCUCAGUGUCUAGCCUGCCUGUUUUCCCGGUUUUCCUCCAGACCCAAUUACCGUAGUCAGAUAACCGCAGAAGACCCAACUAAAAAAUCAAGAAUAAGCCCGAAAAACUACAAUAAACUACAAAAGCGAAUCAAGUUUUGAAUGAAAAAAGAGAUAAAACGAAUCAAACAAUAAAAUCGAUACCCGAUAUUUGACACCGAUAGCGACCCACGGAAUCGAAAUCGAGUCAAAAGUCGAGCGGAACUUGAACCGGUGGCAGUUUAUACAUAUAUAUAUAUAUAUAUAGAGAGAACCUAUAGUCGAUUGCAGUGAUUGACAAAAAUUGAGGAAAGAGGAGAGAUAUAUCUGAGAAAUCCUCAUUGGUAUCCUUGUAUCCUGGCAGUCGGAAAAUGGAGGAUGUGCAUGUGAAUCUGGGUGAGCCCCCCCACAACACUAUGGCAGCUGCCGCCGCUGCUGCGGCACGGCACCACCACAGCCUAAUCCUGGGCCAGAAGUUGGGCCCACAGUCGACAGGCCACCACCACCACCAUGGCCAUAGCCACAAUCACCAUACGCAACAGUCACAGCAGCCACACCAGCUGCACCACCACAACCACAACGCGCAACCACAUCAGGUCCACCAUCAGCAUCUGCAGCAUCAACAGAUCCACCAUAAUCACCACCACCUGCUGCACCACCAGCAGCAGCAUCAUCACAACCACCAGUUGAACCCCCAGCUGAGCCACUUGAGCCACCUCAGUCAACUAAAUCAACUCAGUCAGCUCAACCACCUCAGCCAGCUGAACCAGAUCAGUCAGCUGAAUCAGCUCAGUCAGAUCACCCAGUUGAACCACCACCUGCAGCAGCACCAGCACCACUUAAGCCAGCUACACCAGCACCAGCACCAGCAUCAGCAUCAGCACCAGCACCACCAUCAUCCGCUACCGCAAGCGCUACCGCUGCCAUUACCCCUACCGCUCCACAAGCUGACGCUCGCCUCCCCAGCCCUCAACCUGAACCUGAGCCUCAACCACAAACUGGCCGGGGACCACCAGAUGCACCACCUGACGCAACAAAUGCAGAUGGGCCUCGGCCUGGACCUCGACCUGGAUCUGGACAUUAAUAUGGAGGGGAACAACAGUAGCACCAGUAGAGGGAGCGGCGGCAGUACCACUGGCAGCACUACUGGCAGCACCACUGGCAGCACCACUGGCAGCACUGACAGCUCAACUGGUAGUUCAAGUGGUAGUACCGGCGGCAGCUCCUCCGGAAGCGCCAGCGAUCAGGGGCAUGGACUCGGUCCUGAGACUGGGCUCGGCCAGGACACAUCGAUAUCGUCGACCCAUCUCCCAGUCACCUAUGCUCAUGCCCCGGACACCGAUGACAUCCCGGAUGUUGAAAGCUUCUCCGGCACAACAACAGCAUUGACAAAGCAGAUUCCCAUUGGGGAUGGCAUUGAAUUAGAAAGCACCACCGAUGACGAGGUGGUUUCCUCAUCCAUCGCAUCAACGCCGGCAUCAACGUCGUCGUCACCCACUUCACUGUCUACGCCGAUAACGACACCAAUGCCCACUCCGGCCAUGACACCAAGUCCCAGUGCCAGUUCCAGUUCCUGUACGCAUCCAGUGUUCUCCGAUUCGGCCAUCGCAACGGCGUCCACAUCUUUGGAUUCCGCUUCAUUGGAGGAGGAUAAUUCGGACGACUUGGAUCCGUUGUACGAUCUGAAGCCGUCCGCUUCCAUUUUCAUGAAGGCGGCCAAUUCAAAACUAAACGCCUCCGCCACCGCCUACAAGAUGCGGGGCCUGGACUUGGGGAUCGGAAUCGGGACCGAGACCGGAGGCGAUGGCUGCGACGGUGGUCUGCUGCCCACGCCCACCACUACCUUUCAGUAUAAGCCGCAGCAUUUGUCCGAGUCCUCGGCCGAGUUCCGACUAAAUGCUGGGGCUGCGGUCUUCAAGCCACUUAUGAACUGUGGUGGAGGAGGAGGAGGAGCUGGAGUAGAUGCCGGCAUUGGAGAAGGAGGAAUAGCCAUUGGAGGAGGUAAGGAAGUAGGUUCUGCUAGAGAGGAUGGUGGCUCGGCUUUGAAGGGAGAAGUCACUGACAUAGUAGGCAGUGCCGGCACUGAUGUUGGAGGAGGAGGAGGAGGAGUCGGAGGAGUUGGAGGAGUUGGAGGCGGCGGUGCUGGUAGUGGCGGCGGCGGCCUAGUGGUGGCCGGCGUGGGGGGAGGCGGCGGAUUGCUGGCAUUGCCGGGUCUAUUACCGGCACCGCAUCCGCUGCCCCUGCAGACCCACCUCACGCACGGUCAUCCCCACCCGCAUCCGCACCCGCAUCCACACCCCCAUCCACAUCCGCAUGUGCAUGUCCAUCCGCCGCAUCCGCAUGCCCAUGCCCACGCCCAUCUCCUCCAGCGGUAUGCCGUCAAGCAGAAUGUCCGCUUCCGCAAGCAACCGCUGCCGGAUCUGUUCAAUGCCGUCAUUGCCCUGAUGCGGGAACUGAGCCGAUCGGUCAGCUAUCCGGAGAUAAUCAACACACUGGCGGUGCGCCUGCAGCGCCCGGAGGUGGAGCUGAAGCGUCAUGUGCCGCACACCCUGCACGCUGCUGUCAACAAUGGUUACUUGCGCAAGGAUGGCAACCGAUAUACACUGCUCUCCGAGAUCGAGCAGGUGGAGAUAAUGCGACGCAACCAGGAGGCUGCCCAGCGGGCCAAGGAACUGGAGAAGGAGCCGCUCUCCUGGCGCAAGCGCUAGUCAGAGAGUAACAACAACAGUAGUAACUAUUACAACAUAACAACAAAUAACAAUAACAAUAACAGAAACUAUCAAACAAUGCAACAAACAACAAACAACAUACAUGAAACAAGAAUAACGAUAACAACAAAAUGACACAUGAAGAGACGACCGAGAGACAAGAGAUCGUAGGAUACCCAAGAUCAUCGAUACACCAUCCCCUUUAGCCAUCAAAAAGAAGCCCUCAUCAUCACAUCAUCCGUAAAUAACUGUUUCGGCCCUCCUCUCUAACGAACUCUCACCCAUUCCGGCAACUUCCUCCUGCAUAACCUUUUUUGGCAUCGCAUUGCUAACGUAUAACGUAUAACGUAUCACGUAUAUCGUAUAUCGUAUAUCCCACAUAUACAUAUACAUAUAUUUAUCCUUUUUACAAAAAUAACGAGCACGCACAGAAGUCACGGCUGUGGGCCCAGCCCGUGUGCAUCCUGACGAAUUGCAUCCAUGCACUCCAAACCAUCCAUGCACCAUGCAUCUACUCACUCGAACUGCAACCGUGUCCCGUCCACGGCCAUGAGUGCCACGAGCUGCCAAAUAGCUGCGAGUCCUGUGAGUUCCUGUGCCGCCGACGAGCCCAGCAAAUAUUGGUAAUAUGGUUUUACUGUACGUGAACUAGUCCGCGGACCGGCCAGUCUCGAUCCGUGAUCCAUCUGUCACAUCACCUGUCACCCGUGAUCCGUGAUCCAGUGAUCCGUGAUCUGUGAUCUGUGAUCCGUAAUCAUGCCGCAAUCAAAAAGGGACCGCCCUGCGGAUGUUUCGUAAAUAACGAGCGUUCCAAUACUGCUGCCGUUCCUCAUUUGCGUUUCAAUCACUUUCGAGUUGUCCUGGUUCCAGCGCCUUUAUAUUUGCAAGCUUUCGGGUAUAAAUAAAUUGUAGUUUUUCAAAA